AUGGCUGCCGUCAGGGACAUUCAAGUCCAACAACUAUUCAUCGUUUCACCACACCUCCCACAGAUGUUGAGCCUUCUGGAACACAUGUACCAUGAGCUGGGCCUGGUGGAAGAGUUCAACAUUAACCCUAUCGUACUCAAGCGAUGGCUGUUGUGCGUCCAGGAGAACUACCGCAACAACCCGUUCCACAACUUCCGCCACUGUUUCUGCGUGAGUCAGAUGAUGUACGGCAUGAUUCACCUGUGCCGCCUGUGGGAGCGCAUGGCCGUGGAGGACCUGGGGGUACUGCUCACCGCCGCCGUCUGCCACGACCUGGACCACCCCGGAUACAACAACACCUUCCUACAGUUGAAGAUGGUGCUGAUCAAGUGCUGCGACAUCUCCAACGAGGUGCGUCCCAUGGAGGUGUCCGAGCCCUGGGUGGACUGUCUGUUGGAGGAGUACUUCAACCAGGUCAGUGGGACACGGCCGGAUGAGCUGGAUGUUUGGUUCAAUUGUAAAAUCAUUAUUUAUCCUAGCAUCACCCAUACGUUCCCUCAGGUGUUUACCCAGAUAGAUGAGGUGAUGGUCCAGCCUCUGAAGAACGCCAAAGACCGCUACGAGGAGAUGAAAUCCCUGGAGGAAGCGCAGAAGGAGGUGAAGAUGUCUGGUUUCAAAUAAAGUUGAAGUUUAAUGAUCUCGCAUCAUGAUUUGAUUAAUGGAAGUUUGAAUAAUGUCACAUCAUGAUUUGUAUUCGAUUUGAAUUUUAGAUACUGCCAUAUGGUGAUUUUGAUUCGUUGAAGUUUGAAUAAU